AAACUUUGACAUUGUUGAUCAGAGCUGAGACGCCAUUACAGGUUGUGAGAUCUCUGCUGGAAAACACUCGUUUGAAGGAUUUGAAGUGAUCAAGUGAAGGGACAGUAACUUGGUGAGUCUGACUAUUGAAAGAUCAUUUAGACAACAAAGAAAAUGGCUGAGAAAGAUGCUCUUUUUCAACGUUACCUGAGCUGUCAUGUGUGUUCAGAGACUUUCAGAGAUCCUGUGUCUCUGAGCUGCAGCCACAGCUUCUGUUCAAGCUGUCUGAAAAAAUUCUGGGAACAAGCUAAAAACAAGAACUGUCCCAUUUGUAAAAGAAAAUCUUCAAAGGAUUUUCCAGGAGUGAACUUUUCACUGAAGGAACUAGCUGACUCCUUUGCUGAGAGACAGAAAGCUGGAUCAACUGAGACAGAAAAAGGAGAAAAGAAGGUGGAGGUGGUGUGUAGCAAACAUCAAGAAGAGCCUAGAUUGUUCUGUAAAGAUGAACAGAGAGCUGUGUGUCCUGUCUGCGAGUUUUCUCUCCAUCACGGUCACAAGGUGGUUCCUGUAGAACAAGCAGUCAGUGACCUGAAGGACCAGCUGAAAUCUGACUUAAAGCCUCUACAGGACAAGAGGAACAAAUACAAACAAGUGGAGAAAACAUACAAUGAAAUGAUUCAACACUCCAAGAAGCAGCUGCUGUCCACAGAGAAGCAGAUCAGAGCAGAGUUCAACAAGCUCCACCAGUUCCUGAAAGAGGAAGAGGAGUCCAGACUGGCAGCUCUGAGGGAGGAAGAGGAGCAGAAGGGGAAGACUAUGAGCAGAGAGAUGAAGAGGAUUCAGGAGCAGAUCUCCUCUCUGUCAGACAGUAUCUCUGCUGUUGAAGAAGACCUGCAGAAACACAACAUGUCAUUCCUCAGCAGUUAUAAACCCACUCAGACCAGAGCCAGAGCCCAGAGCUCACUGUCAGAUCCACAGCUGGUCUCAGGAGCGCUGAUAGAUGAGGCCAAACACCUGGGCAACCUGUCCUUCAGAGUCUGGGAGAAGAUGAAGGAGAAGGUCCACUUCAGUCCUGUCAUUCUGGACCCAAACACUGCAUACCCCCGUCUUUAUCUGUCUGAUGAUCUGACCAGUGUGAGAUAUGGAGACACAAAGCAGCAGCUCCCUGAUAAUCCAGAGAGACACACUAAUGGUGCCUCUAUUCUGGGCUCUGAAGGCUUCAGCUCAGGGAAACACAGCUGGGAGGUGGAGGUGGGAGACCAUCCUGUCUGGAAUGUGGGUUUGGCUAAAGAGUCAGUUGACAGGAAGGGAAAGGCAGAUCCUUCACCAAAAUAUGGAAUCUGGUGUUUAAAGCAUCACAGUGGAAAAUACACUAAUGGUCUUAAUAAGACUGUCAGAGUGAAGAAGAGUCUCCAGAGGAUCAGAGUCCAGCUGGACUAUGACAGAGGGGAGGUGUCCUUCUACGACCCUGAAGACAAUACUCACAUCUACACUCACAGAGACACUUUCACUGAUAAAGUAUUCCUUUAUUUAAAUGUUGGAUCAGCUGGUGAUGCUAAAACCACUGAUAUCAAAAUCUGUUCAGGAAGGGUUUGGGAAUAUCGGAACAUCCCUAGUAAAAAGCUCACAGAGCUUUGUGGCUGCAUUAAAACUGCAGCAGCAGCAGAUGUAGUCCUAGACGUCGGUGUUGAGGAGCAGGUGGAAGUUAAACCUGAUGAGCAUCCACAGGCUGGACAUGAUGAGGGACAGACAGCAGAGGGACUGAUAAGUGGCAGGGACACAAAACAGUAG